UAAGUUAAACAAGAAACUGAUCUCAUUCCUAAAAACAUGGAUGCAAACUAAUUAUCUAUCCACCAUGAUAACUGUUCACCGUUUUUAUUCUCUAUGAGUUUGCAUCCUUGUGAUAGGCACUCAAGAAUGGAGGAUUACACAUUACUGAUGGAUGUGAUGGAAAAUUCACUUUAGUGCUUUGAAUGAACAAAAUCCCAUUGUGCUUUCUUGGGGUGUCUUGUUUAGCCAUGAUCAGAGUAAUACAAUUUUUUUCUUUUGCAGGUACUUGUCAGUCAUUGGAUUUGUCAUCAAUAUCGACACAUUGAUGCUGAUGAUUCCUGAACUGCUCCAAGUUCAGCGGUAUGUGCUCACCUACAGGUUCAGCCAGGAUCACUUGGAGCUUCUAUUUAAUUCAAUCAGAGCGUCAGGCUGCUGGAAUAACAAUCCAUCAGCACGCCAGUUCCAGGCUAUCUUCCGCCAUCUGAUUGUUCGGUGUGGUGUCUCACCAGGUGAGACGGGCAAUGUGACAGCCCAAGAUAACACUGUGUCCCUGUCCGCUGUGGAGAUGUCCUCUCCUGAAACUGCUGAAGAGCAUCCAUCUCCAUUCGCCAACAUUUCGGCCCUUGUGUGUGACCACAGGUAUCUCCCCACUCGUUUUGGUGGUCUGGUGGAAAAUGCACUGGUCUACAUAGCAGGGUUUGUUGUCCGGCAGAUUCUACGAAAGCUGUCCUGUGAUGUGUGCCGUGCGAGCUUGGUCAGAGAUGCUGUACCAUCUUCAUUUGAUAACAGCUACCACUUUCUAGCCCUGAAAAACAAUGGUGGCCUAGUGAUUCCUUCACAAGGCACAGUGAAGGUGCUGAGAGCUGCAGAGAAGGUGAUCCGCCGAGCUUCGACAAUGCACACUCCUAAGGUGUCAACAGUCACACACAUCGUACGGGAGGAUAUUGGAACGGAGGACGUUUUUCUGCUUGAGGAACACAUUGAGGAGACACAGUUUGGCAUUGACAACCAUCAUUCUGACUUGUUGUCAUUGGUUGUGUCUGUGUUUCUCAAAAUAAGGCUGCACCACAUUGCAAAACUCACCUCUCUUGAACUGCAGAAAGGGAGCACGAGAAAGAAGCUCUGCAAAACACUCAUUGCACCUGCCGUUUACAUUACACUGAGUGGAGCGGGUGACCGGUCCAAGAUGGCGGCCCCAUUUCUCGUCAGCGCCAGUAGGCAGUAG